CCAGAGAAACAAAACAGAAUUCCCCUUCCAGACCCAACUAUUUUGUUUAUCAAUUACUCCAAUGAACAACCAAGAAGAUAAACCCUCUUCUUCUUACUCUCCUCCCCGUCCAUGGACCCAUGAAGUCUUCUUGAGCUUCAGCUGCGAAGACACACGUAAGGGAUUCACUGACCACCUCUACGCCGCUUUGAUUCGGGCCGGGAUUCAUACAUUCAGAGACGAGAAUGAUUUCAGGAGAGGAGAAGAUAUCUCCUUGGAAGUGGUGAAAGCCAUUGAAGAAUCAAGGAUUGCACUUAUAGUUUUCUCCAAGAAUUAUGCUCCUUCAAGAUGGUGCCUCGAUGAGCUGGUGAAGAUCCUUGAAUGUAAGAGAACAAUCGGUCAAACGGUUCUGCCGAUCUUUUAUUAUGUGGAUCCAUCUGAUGUUCGGAAACAGAGUGGGACUUUUGCACAAGCAUUUGAUAGGCAUGAGAUUCAGUUCAAGUUGGAGAUGGAGAAGGUGGGGAGAUGGAGGAAAGCUCUCACUGAAGCUGCGAAUUUGUCUGGGUGGGAUUUGCAGAACAUUGCAAAUGGGUAUGAGUCAAAAUUUAUCCAAAAAAUUGUUGAUGAGAUCUUAACUAAGGUAAAUCAAACACCAUUGUUUGUUGCCAAAUAUCCAGUUGGAAUCGCUUCUCGUGUGGAAAAGAUAAAUGUGUUGCUAGAUAUUGAGUCAAAUGAUGUUCGCAUGGUUGGGAUUUGUGGCAUGGGUGGAGUGGGUAAGACAACCAUUGCUAAGGCCAUUUACAAUCUAUUAUUUCACCAAUUUGAAGGCAGCAGCUUUCUUCCAAAUGUUAGGGAAUCUUCAAAACAACCUAAUGGUCUGGCCCAUUUGCAAGAACAACUUCUUUAUGAUAUUCUACAUAAAGAGAAUUUGCAAAUAAGGCAUGUUGCUAGAGGAGUCAACGUUAUUCGAGAAAGACUCCGAUGUAAAAAGGUUCUUAUUGUUCUUGAUGAUGUAGAUCAACUGUAUCAGUUUAAUGCAUUUUGUGGAGGUAGAACAUUUGAUUGGUUUGGCCCAGGAAGUAGAAUCAUUGUAACCACUAGAGAUAAGGAUCUGGUCAAGCAAAUUGGAGUGGAAGAAGUAUAUGAAGCCAAAGAAUUGGAUUUUUGUGAAUCUCUUGAGCUUUUCAGUUGUCAUGCCUUUAGAAAAAAGAGUCCAAUAGAAAAUUACAUAGAGCUUUCAGAAAGCGUGGUGAAGUAUGUUGGAGGUCUUCCAUUAGCUCUUGAGGUCAUGGGUUCUUCUCUGCUUUUGAAAAGAAGCAUUCCUGAAUGGGAAAGCACCAUAAGGAAAUUAAAAAAUGUUCCUUAUAAUCAGAUUCAAGGUAUAUUGAGAUUGAGUUUUGAUGCACUAGAUGGGACAGAAAAGGAUAUAUUUCUUGAUAUUGCAUGCUUCUUUAUUGGAAGGGAUAAGGAUGAUGUAAGUAGAAUAUUAGAAGGUUGUGGUUUCUUCCCAGAAAUUGGAAUUAGAGAUCUCGUCCAAAGGUCUCUCAUAACAAUUGAUAAUCAAAAGAAGCUCGGGAUGCAUGAUCUACUUCGAGAUAUGGGAAGAGAAAUCGUUCAUGAAGAAUCACCCAGGAAGCCUGGAGCACGUAGUAGAUUGUGGUUUCAUGAGGAUGUCUAUGAUGUAUUAACUAAACACAAGGGAACAGAAAUUGUUGAAGGCCUCAUCCUAGAUAACUCUUCUCAAUUACUUGAAGUGCCUUUGAGUACCAAGGAAUUUAAAAAUAUGCACAAACUAAGAUUGCUCCAAAUCAAUUAUUUACAACUCAUGGGAAGUUAUGAACUUCUUUCUAAAGAGCUGAGAUGGCUAUGUUGGCAUGGAUUCCCUUUGACAUCUAUACCUUCUAGUUUCAACUUGGAUAAACUUGUUGAUCUUGACAUUCAACAUAGCCGCAUUAAACUUGUUUGGAAGGAAUUCAAGCUACUCCAAAAUUUGAAAGUCCUAAACCUCAGUCAUUCUAGUUUCCUUAUCAAAACCCCCAACUUCAUCGGGCUCCCAAAUCUUGAGAGGUUGAUGCUUGAGAAUUGUAAGACAUUGUUUGAAAUUCACCAAUCAAUUGGGAAUCUUGAUAGAUUGAUUUUCCUCAAUCUGAAGGACUGCAACAACCUAGUAAAUCUUCCAAGAAGCAUUUAUGGAACUGCUAUAACAAAAUUACCCCUUUCCAUUUCACAUUUGAGAAACCUCAAAUCCUUAUCUUUACGUGGAUCUAAAGGACCUGUUUCAAGAUCAAGUUAUUCAUUAUUUUCAGCAUGGAGAUCAUCACCAAGGAAGAGUCCUAAUCUUAUAACACCACUCUUGGCUUCUUUUUCUGGUUUAUGCUCCCUAAGAGAGCUAGAUCUUGGCGACUGCAAUCUCUCAGAUGGUGCAAUUCCAAAUGAUUUGGGAAGUCUACUGUCAUUACAAAUCUUGAAAUUGAGUGGAAAUAAUUUCAGUAGCAUACCAGCCAGCAUUAAUCGCCUUUCUCAUCUGGAAUCCCUCAUUGUAGAUAGUUGCGUGAGGCUUGAUCAACUCCCAGAGCUUCCAUCAAGUUUAGUGAAGUUGGCAGCAAAAGGUUGCACAUCAAUGGAGAGAUUGCCAGUCAACAUGGUUCUUCUUUCUAAGCUCUCUAGUGUUUUUCUGAAUGACUGCACAAGAUUGAAAUCUAUCCCAGAAGAUCUCCCAUCUAGUAUAGAAAGGUUGAGUAUAGAAGCUUGCAAAUCAUUGGAAGGCUUACCUAAUUUUCUGAACCUCCCAUUGUUACAUCAUUUAAAUCUUAGUAACAACAAUUUUUGUAGUCUACCAGCCAGCAUAAGCCAACUUUCUCAUCUUCGAACGCUUUAUAUGCGUAACUGCACAAGGCUUCAGUCACUUCCAGACUUUUCUACAAGUUUAAGGGAUCUGUUUGCUGAUGGUUGCACAUCAAUGUUGCUUACUGGCAAUAAGAAUGAACUAGAGAUUGCAGAACAAGAGGGUUUGGAAUCACCAUACAAGAAAUUGCCAGAUAUUGUUUGGAAGAGCUUCCUUCAGGGACUGUUUGGCAAGUUUGACAUCUUUCUUAGUGGAAGUGAUGUUCCAGAAUGGUUUAGCCAUCAGAGUGUCGGAUCCUCGUUAUCUUUUGAGGUGCCUCAACUUUUGGAUUAUAAGAUUCAAGGCUUCACAGUAUGUGCUAUUUAUGCAGCUGAAGUAGAAGGUACUGAUGUGCUUGCAGCUCCUUCAAUUUCUAUUUGCAAUAAAACCACUGGUCUUCGUUGGUACUACGUUCCAAACCAACAUGAAACCCCAAUCACAUGUAAAGAUCAAAUCUGGGUGGGUCAUAUACCACAUACUGAGUUCGAGAAUCCUUUGGAAGGUGGGGAUAAAGUGGAGAUUUCAAUAGAAAUAGAGCAAUAUUGGGGUUAUAUUCCAGAUAUUGUUUCUGGGAAUCAUUUCGGUAUAGAUCACUCAAUCCUGGUGAAGAAGUGUGGGAUCCAUCUAGUGUACCAGCCAGAUGAGAAGGGUUCUCCUUCAAAUGUCCCAGAAAUUAUCAAAGACCUUAAUACAGAUGCUACGAAAGGCUACAAUGACAAUGAGCUGAGAUCUAUUAAUGGUUUGUCAAGUGAGGGCCGAGGGCCUGAGCCUGGCCAGAAAGAACGUCUUGAAGAGUAUGGCAAAGGAGUCUUUUUGGCUUUCUUGAUGGUACAAAACUGUAACCUCUGUCAAACAUCCGAUGAAACUGUGACUGAUUUUCUCCAAUGGACAAAGACAAUUACCGAUGUACUAGCUGCUACUGGGAAGCCUCUCACUCCUCAGGAUUUUAACAUCCAUGUUCUUCAUGGCCUUAAAGAAGUUUUACAGGAGAUUGUUCCCUCUCUUCUCACACACGCUGCAAUUCCCUCCUAUACAGAGCUCCACGGCCUUCUUUUGAGCCACGAAAGCAUGCGUGCUUUUCACAAGGUUAGCCUAUCUGAUAAAGUUGUGACACCAACUGCCAAUACCACCCAACGGUCCUCCCCUUCCUCUAAUGAGAACGGUGCCUCCUCUGACCCCGGCUCUUCCAGGGGUCGUAGGGGCAUGGCCAAGUAUGUGGUCAUUGAGGUGUUUCGAAUCAAGCACAAGGCUGAUGGUUCCCUUGAGUGGUAUAAGGCAUGCCUUGUUGCCAAGGGCUUCCACCAACCAAAAUGCCUAGACUACGUUGAUACUUUCAACCCAGUGGCUAAAUCAACCACCAUUCGCUCCAUUCUAGCAAUUGCAGUAUCUUAUGAGUGGGAGAAGGAACUGGGAAUUAUUACUAGUAAUGGGACUUCAUUGCCAACAACAAUAUAUCGGAAUCUGAUACUAGGAGAGCGGAAGGAGAGAUCCAGUGAGGAUGAUGAGGAAUCCCAUUGUAUCGUUAACUCGUCUCCCGUGGAGAGGCGCCAGGAAGCCUUCCUCGCUCCCGAUUCUUCUUCUAGCGGCGUUGCGGUUCCCACCACUUUAUCUGACCCGCCUUCUAAGCUCUCCCAAUUCACCAGAAACAAAACAGAGUUACCCCUUCAGACCCAACUAUUUUGCUUAUCAAUUCCUCCAAUGAACACCCAAGAAGGUAAAGCCUCUUCUUCCUACACUAUCCCCCGUCCAUGGACCUACGAAGUCUUCUUGAGCUUCAGUAGUGAAGAUACACGUAAAGGCUUCACCGACCACCUCUACGCCGCUUUGAUUCGAGCAGGAAUUCACACAUUCAGAGACGAGAAUGAACUCAGGAGAGAAGAAGAUAUCUCCUUGGAAGUGGUGAAAGCCAUUGAAGAAUCAAGGAUUGCGCUUAUAGUUUUCUCCAAGAAUUAUGCUUCUUCAAGAUGGUGCCUCGAUGAGCUGGUGAAGAUACUUGAAUGUAAGAGAACAAUCGGUCAAACGGUUCUGCCGAUCUUUUAUUAUGUGGAUCCAUCUGAUGUUCAGAAACAGAGUGGGACUUUUGCGCAAGCAUUUGAUAGGCAUGAGAUUCAGUUCAAGUUGGAGAUGGAGAAGGUGGAGAGCUGGAGGAAAGCUCUCACUGAAGCUGCGAACUUGUCUGGGUGGGAUUUGCAGAACAUUGCAAAUGGGUAUGAGUCAAAAUUUAUCCAAAAAAUUGUUGAUGAGAUCUUAACUAAGGUAAAUCAAACACCAUUGUUUGUUGCCAAAUAUCCAAUUGAAAUAGCUUCUCAUGUGGAAAAGAUAAAUGUGUUGCUAGAUAAUGAGUCAAAUGAUGUUCGCAUGGUUGGGAUUUGUGGCAUGGGUGGAGUGGGUAAGACAACCAUUGCUAAGGCUGUUUACAAUCUAUUAUUUCAUCAAUUUGAAGGCAGCAGCUUUCUUCCAAAUGUUAGGGAAUCUUCAAAACAAUCUAAUGGUCUAGCCCAUUUGCAAGAACAACUUCUUUUUGAUAUUCUACAUAAAGAGAAUUUGCAAAUAAGGCACGUUGCUAGAGGAGUCAACAUUAUUAGAGAAAGACUCCGAUCUAAAAAGGUUCUUAUUGUUCUUGAUGAUGUAGAUCAACUGUAUCAGUUUAAUGCAUUUUGUGGAGGUAGAACAGUUGAUUGGUUUGGCCCAGGAAGUAGAAUCAUUGUAACCACUAGAGAUAAGGAUCUGUUAAAGCAAAUUGGAGUGGAAGGAGUAUAUGAUGCUGCUGCCUUUAGAAAAAACAGUCCAAUAGAAAAUUAUAUAGAGCUUUCAGAAAGUGUGGUGAAAUAUGUUGGAGGUCUUCCGUUAGCUCUUGAGGUCAUUGGUUCUUCCUUGUUUUCGAAAAGAAGUGUACCUGAAUGGGAAAGCACCAUAAGGAAACUAAAAAAUGUUCCUCAUAAUCAGUUUCAAAGUGUAUUGAGAUUGAGUUUUGAUGCACUAGAUGAGAUGCAAAAGGAUAUAUUUCUCGAUAUUGCAUGCUUCUUUAUUGGAAAGGACAAGGAUGAUGCAAGUAGAAUAUUAGAAGGUUGUGGUUUCUUCCCAGACAUUGGAAUUAGAGAUCUCGUCCAAAGGUCUCUCAUAACAAUUGAUAAUCAAAAGAAGCUCAGGAUGCAUGAUCUACUUCGAGAUAUGGGAAGAGAAAUCGUUCAUGAAGAAUCACCCAAGGAGCCUGGAAAACGUAGUAGAUUGUGGUUUCAUGAGGAUGUCUAUGAUGUAUUAACUAAACACAAGGGAACAGAAAUUGUUGAAGGCCUCAUCCUAGAUAACUCUUCUCAAUUAUUUGAAGUGCCUUUGACUACUAUGGCAUUUAAAAUUAUGCACAAUCUAAGGUUGCUCCAAAUCAAUUAUUUACAACUCAUGGGAAGUUAUGAACUUCUUUCUAAAGAGCUGAGAUGGCUAUGUUGGCAUGGAUUCCCUUCGACAUCUAUACCUUCUAGUUUCAACUUGGAUAAACUUGUUGAUCUUGACAUUCAACAUAGCCGCAUUAAACUUGUUUGGAAGGAAUUCAAGCUACUCCUAAAUUUGAAAGUCCUAAACCUCAGUCAUUCUAAUUGCCUCAUCAAAACUCCCAACUUCUUAGGGCCCCCAAAUCUUGAGAGGUUGAUGCUUGAGAAUUGUAAGAAAUUGUUUGAAAUUCACUAAUCCAUUGGGAAUCUUGAUAGACUGAUUUUCCUCAAUCUGAAGGACUGCAAACAACCUAGUAAAUCUUCCAAGAAGCAUUUGUAAGUUGACAUCCCUUGAAAAUCUUACCCUCUCCGGCUGCCCAAAACUUGGCAAUUUACCUGAGGAACUGGGUAAUAUGGAAUCUUUAAUGG